UUUUAUCCUCUCAGAGGCGUCUCAGAGGUGGUUUUGCUGGUCUUCGUUCCUCCUCUCGCUUUUGAAUGGAGAUGUGAGCUUUCUUCAUUCGAAGAGCAAAAACUCUAAUUCCAUGGCCUUCUCGCUCCUCUCUCCAAUUCCUUCCUCUGCCUCUCUUUCUCGCACUCUCUCCUCCAUUAAUAAUGCCUCCUCCUCUCUCUCCCCUCUCUACUCUCUAUAUCAUCCCAAAGGAAUCUUACGAACCAGAACCGCGACCUCGAUUUUCGGAGCCUCUGGGAACUUGAGGAUUGAUUCCAUGGCGGAUAAUUAUAAUAGGCAAUUGGUUUGUAGGAUUGGUGGUUGCGGCGGCGGUGUUGAAUUGGAUGAUAUGGAUGAAUGUGAAAUCCAGAGGAUUGGAAAUCACGACGAAGAUGACGACGAAUUCAUACAAGUCCAUGCAUCCUCUGCUGCUUCUCCUGAGAGAUGGGAUGUUUUGGGUCUUGGCCAAGCCAUGGUAGAUUUCUCUGGAGUUGUGGAUGAUGAGUUUCUAGAGAAACUGGGAUUAGAAAAGGGAACAAGGAAACUGAUUAAUCACGAGGAGAGGGGUAAAUUAUUACAAGCAAUGGAUGGUUGUAGCUAUAAGGCGGCAGCUGGAGGGUCAUUGUCCAACACUUUAGUUGCUCUUGCAAGAUUAGGUUCUCAAUCCAUCGGUGACCGGCCUUUGAAUGUGGCAAUGGCUGGCAGUAUUGGAGGUGACCCUCUCGGUAGCUUUUACGGGACUAAACUACGUCGAGCAAAUGUAAAUUUUCUUUCUGCUCCAAUCAAGGAUGGAACAACGGGAACAGUGAUAGUUCUCACAACUCCUGAUGCACAACGAACUAUGCUUGCAUAUCAGGGAACAUCUUCUGUCGUUAAUUAUGAUUCUUGUUUGGCUAGCUUGAUAGCCAAGACAAAUGUCUUUGUUGUGGAAGGCUAUUUGUUUGAGCUUCCUGAUACUAUAAGGACCAUAACAAAAGCCUGCGAAGAAGCCCACAGAAAUGGGGCACUUGUUGCUGUGACAGCAUCAGAUGUGUCCUGCAUAGAGAGGCAUUAUGAUGAUUUCUGGGACAUUGUGGGGAACUAUGCAGAUAUUGUAUUUGCAAACAGCGAUGAAGCAAGAGCGUUUUGUCACUUUUCCGCUGAGGAAAGCCCAAUUUCAGCGACAAGGUACAUGAGCCACUUUGUUCCAUUUGUAUCGGUGACUGAUGGAAUCAACGGGUCAUACAUUGGAGUAAAAGGAGAGGCCAUAUACAUUCCUCCGUCCCCAUGCGUGCCAGUUGAUACAUGUGGUGCUGGAGAUGCAUAUGCUUCAGGGAUCUUAUACGGUAUCUUGAGAGGUGUCUCUGACUUGAAAGGAAUGGGAGAUAUGGCUGCAACGAUUGCAGCAACAGUGGUGGGUCAACAAGGAACCAGGCUUAGGGUUCAGGACGCUGUUGAGCUUGCUCGAUCACAUGCUUUCCGUCUCAACGGAUCUGGUGUUCGAACAGAUGUUGGGUCUUGAUGAAAUCUCUAGCUUGUGAUUUUAGCUUUUUGAUUCAUUCUUUGUUUUCAUGUAGUAGUGCCUUUUGCAACCUUGUAUGUAACGUUUUAGUAUAUAGUAUAUGUUUCCGACAAAGUUUGAGACAUUUUUUGUUUUUAAUUUGAUGGGUCUUAGUCUGAUAGUUUA